GGGAGAGGGGCGGGGCUCCAGGGACCUGUUGAUCGCAGGUGUCACUGGCCUGACUGGCUCCUGGGUAUUGGGGCGUGUGCGCAUGCUCCGCGCUCAGGGUCGGGCUCUGGGCGGCGGAGACCAGCCGUCUCUGCUCUAGUUCCCGGUGAGCCUUGGUACGUUGGCAGCUGUUGGUGUGUCUGGCGGGUGUCGGCGAGAAGCGGAGCUGGGCCAGCCGGAGGCAGCUCUGUGGGAGUGGAAGGCCAGUAUUUCUCUAUCUGGACCGUACGCUCCUAGCGCAGAGAGGGUAGUAGCUCAAGUUCCAUGAUGAUGAUCUAAGCAAAGACCCUUCGUCUUGUUAAAGAUAAAUUGUUUUAAAAACCCAAAGUGAACAAAACUUACUCUGCAAAAGUAAUAUAUGAUUUCUCUGCUGCUGUCAUAAGAAUUCAAAUGGACAAACUCAGUAUGCUCGUGAUUUGCUUUACAUUCUAAGUGGAUUUGGAGAAGAGACAAUAAAGAAUAAACACCGUCAAUACUGUAAUAUAUGAGAAGGUGAAAAGUGCCAAGAAGGAAAGAAAAAGUAGAGCAAGAUUUGCCUUCAGGUCACAUUGAUAUGAGAUAUGGAGUCACCUUUCAUAACUUCACCUGGGAAAGAGAGAGAAAACUUUCUUGUUAAAAAAAUAUAAGGAAAACAAACAACCAAAUGAAUCAUGCCAAAUGCCAACUCUACAUCUUUUUGUGUCAUUAACAUAUAUAUUUUAAUGCAUCAAGACAAAUGGCUUAUACAUUAAAGGAGAUGAUUUGUUCAUCAGUAUUUUUAGCCAUUAAAAAAAAUUUGUUUUCAUGUUGAACUUAUACAGCUCUCAUUAAAUUUAACACAUAUAAACAUCUUUAAGGCCUUGUUUAAAAUAGCUUUCUUUUUUAGUGCUUAGAACUUCAAUGUUUAUGUGCCCUACUGUUACUUGUCAAAGUCUUCAAGAGUUUAUAACAUCAGGAAAGAUAUGGACUUGGAAACUUACAUUAUUAAAAUAGACCGCAGUGGAUUUAAGAGGACAAUUCAAGACAUCCAUUUUAUUAUCUAAAAUAUUACAUAAAAGUAUACAGUUUUUAGGCUAAAUGCAAACAAAGUUGCUUGAAGAUGGCAUGGGUAAAAUUCUUACGGAAACCUGGUGGCAACCUUGGAAAAGUUUAUCAGCCUGGAAGCAUGCUAUCGCUAGCCCCUACCAAAGGCUUGUUAAAUGAACCAGGACAAAACAGCUGCUUUCUUAAUAGUGCUGUACAGGUUUUAUGGCAAUUGGAUAUAUUCCGACGAAGCUUGCGGGUUUUGACUGGACAUGUUUGUCAGGGAGAUGCCUGUAUAUUUUGUGCAUUGAAGACAAUAUUUGCACAGUUCCAACACAGUCGAGAAAAAGCACUUCCCUCAGAUAACAUAAGGCAUGCUCUUGCAGAAAGCUUCAAAGAUGAGCAGCGAUUUCAACUUGGCCUUAUGGAUGACGCUGCAGAAUGCUUUGAAAAUAUACUGGAGAGGAUUCAUUUUCACAUAGUGCCAAGCAGAGAUGCAGAUAUGUGUACCUCUAAAUCUUGUAUCACCCACCAGAAGUUUGCUAUGACUCUGUAUGAACAGUGUGUGUGUCGUAGCUGUGGAGCAUCAUCAGAUCCUCUACCUUUUACGGAAUUUGUGCGCUACAUUUCUACAACAGCCUUAUGCAAUGAAGUUGAAAGAAUGUUGGAAAGACAUGAACGCUUUAAACCUGAAAUGUUUGCAGAAUUGCUACAAGCAGCAAAUACAACAGAUGACUAUAGGAAAUGUCCUAGUAACUGUGGCCAAAAAAUAAAAAUUCGCCGUGUUUUAAUGAAUUGCCCAGAGAUUGUUACAAUUGGUUUAGUCUGGGACUCUGAGCAUUCUGACUUGACCGAAGAUGUUGUACGGAAUCUAGCAACACAUCUUUAUCUUCCUGGGCUUUUUUAUAGGGUUACUGAUGAAAAUGCCAAAAAUAGUGAACUUCUCCUUGUUGGUAUGAUCUGCUACACCAGCCGACAUUAUUGUGCCUUUGCAUUUCACACCAAAAGUUCCAAAUGGGUUUUUUUUGAUGAUGCAAAUGUGAAAGAGAUUGGAACUAGAUGGAAAGAUGUUGUCUCCAAAUGCAUUCGAUGCCACUUUCAGCCACUACUUUUGUUUUACGCAAACCCAGAUGGCACAGCAGUUUCUACUGAGGAUGCACUCAGGCAGGUCAUCAACUGGUCACAUUAUAAAUCUGUUGCAGAAAAUAUGGGAUGUGAAAAGCCUGUAAUUCAUAAGUCAGAUAAUUCAAAAGAAAAUGGAUUUGGUGAUCAGGCUAAGCAGAGAGAAAAUCAGAAAUUUCAAACUGAUAUUUCAUCGUCUAAUCGGAGCCAUAUUCACACAGGUGUAGGGAGAGGGCCAGCUAAGUUAAGUCACAUUGAUCAAAGGGAAAAGAUAAAAGACAUUUCCAGAGAAUGUGCUCUGAAAGCUAUUGAACAGAAAAACUUACUCUCUUCACAAAGGAAAGAGUUAGAGAAGGGACAAAGAAAAGAUUUAGGACGACAUAAAGAUUUACUUGAUGAAGACCUUUCACAUUUCAAGUCUGGAUCACCUCCUGCCCCAAAUGGUUUUAGGCAAUAUGGGAAUCCACAUCUAUAUCAUAGUCAAGGAAAAGGGACAUAUAAACAUGACCGAGUUGCACCUCAGAGUCGAGCUUCUGCACAGAUAAUAAGUUCAAGUAAAUCCCAGAUUCUUGCUCCAGGAGAGAAAAUAACUGGCAAGGUUAAGAAUGACAAUGGCACUGGAUAUGAUACAGACAGCAGCCAAGAUUCUAGGGAUAGAGGAAAUAGCUGUAAUAACAGCAGUAAAAGCCGGAACCGAGGUUGGAAACCUAUGAGAGAAACAUUAAAUGUUGAUAGUAUUUUUAGUGAAAGUGAAAAAAGACAGCAUAGUCCAAGACACAAACCAAAUAUUAGUAACAAACCUAAAUGUAGCAAGGAUCAAAGUUUUAGUAAUUGGCCAAAAGAGAAUCCGAAGCAAAAAGGUUUAAUGACCAUAUAUGAAGAUGAAAUGAAGCAGGAAAUAGGAAGCAGAAGUUCCCUUGAAUCUAAUGGAAAAGGAGCAGACAAAAAUAAAGGCCUUGUAGAGGGUAAAGUGCAUGGUGAUAAUUGGCAGAUGCAAAGGACUGAGUCUGGAUAUGAAAGCAGUGAUCACAUCAGUAAUGGAUCUACUAAUUUGGACUCACCUGUUAUCGAUGGAAAUGGUACAGUAAUGGAUAUCAGUGGUGUUAAAGAAACAGUAUGCUUCAGUGACCAGUUUAAGACAAGCAACCUAAAUAAAGAACAUGGGGACUGUACCUCCCUUCAGACCCAAAAUCACUUAGAAGGCUUUAGAAAAGAACUCAAGAACUUGGAAGCAGGCUAUAAAUCUCAUGAGUUCCACCCAGAAUCACAUUUACAAAUAAAAAAUCAUUUGAUAAGAUCACAUAUACAUGAAACCAAUGGAAAGUUAUUUCCUUCAUCCAGUCUACAAAUACCCAAGGACCAUAAUACAAGAGAACAUAUCCACCAGUCAGAAGAACAGAAACUUGAAAAACCAAAUGAAUGCAAAUUUUCUGAGUGGCUUAAUAUGGAAAAUUCUGAGAGAACAGGUUUGCCUUUUUGUGCUGAUGAUAACUCUGCUUCUAGGAAGAGAGUGAACAGAAAUGAACCAUCUUUAUUAUGGUCUUCACACCUAAGAACUGUUGGGUUAAAGCAAGACACUGCUUCUCUCAUCCAGCAGCAAAAUAUGGAUCAAUGUUACUCUGAGGACUCUCUAUCCACAGAAUGUAUAAGUCAGUCAGGCUGCAGAUCUGAUGGGUGUCAGAUGCCAAAACUUUUUUGCCAGAAUCCACCACCCCCUUUGCCACCAAAGAAACAUGCUAUAACCAGUGUGCCACAGUCAGAGAAAAGUGAAUCUACACCUGAUGUCAAACUUACAGAGGUGUUUAAAGCUACUUCUCAUCUUCCGAAGCACAGUUUAAGUACAGCUUCAGAACCAACUUUAGAAGUCAGUAAACAUAUGAAUGAUGAAAGACAUAAAGAAACAUUUCAAGUGAGAGAACGUGUUGGCAACACACCAAACUGCCCGUCCAACUCCUCAACUAAUGAUUUUCAGGCAAAUUCAGGUGCUGUUGUUGAUGCCUUUUGCCAACCAGAACUAGACUCUAUUUCUACCUAUCCAAAUGAGACAGUUUCAUUAACUACCUAUUUUUCAGUUGAUAGCUGCAUGACAGAUACAUAUAGAUUGAAAUAUCAUCAGAGGCCCAAGCUCUCUUUUCCAGAAAGCAGUGGCUUUUGUAAUAAUUCACUAUCUUAGAGUGUAAAAGGGCUAAGACCUGUGUUACAUAAUAGUCUUGGUUCAAGCUGCCCUUCUGAACAAAGAUACAAACCUAGCAUACAUUCUAAUAGGUAACUGGUAAAAUUGACACCAACUUUUACUUCUCGGAGGCCAUUUAAAUAUAACAGGAACCUACUGACCAAACCUAGUGAUAAAUAAGAUUAAAGCCCAUGGUAUUUUUAAAGUUGUUAAUCACUAUACAUGUAUGUGUGUGUGUGUUUGUGUAUGUGUAUACACAUAUAUAAUUUUAUGAGCAAUUUAUUAGAUAUUUUAGAAAUUGCCUUUGAAUAGUCUUGGCAUGCUGUGAAAAACAGAAAAUUAGGGAGAUGUAAUAAUUCAUUUGCCAUAUUUGAAUAAAAAUUAAAUUUGUCCCUCUGUUUUGUGACCAGUAGACCUGCAAGUAUUAAACUAACCAGUAUUCAUGUUUGGAGAUUAUAAACUACGCUAAUUGAGAAGUACCAGGUGAUACAUAGCUUGGUACUUUUUUGUCAAAGAAUUAUUUGCUUUGUGAAGAAGCACUUUCUAAUGGGUAAGCAGAAAUGGGCUUCACCCAUUUGCUUUUGACUUCUAUGAUAGUCUACUGCAUAUGAUCCCUUUAAGUGUCUUUAAAAAAAUGACUUAUGAAUAUGAUAGCAUUUGGAAAAAAAUGCCUUAAUGAUUAACAAUUUGCAGAUCUUCAGAAACAGAUGGAAUUUUGCUCCUAGAAUUUUGUCUUCAGAGUAUCUAGUUAAGAUAAAUUAGGCCUUUGACUAUUACAGAUAUUCAUAAAUAUUACUUUAGCCAUUUAAAAUACUUAAACUUUAGUAUAUUUAUUUCAUUACUUUUUUUCUAAUUUUAUAUGAAAUGUGAAAGGUCUUUAUUUUGGUUUGGUUUACUUUGGGCUGCUAACCACCAGUGUUAGGAAUUAAUGUAGGGCCCCCUCUUACUGGGAAUGUCAUAGUAACUGCCUACAUUUUCUUUGCAUAUUACCUGCUUAUAGAUUGUCAACCCAUUUUUAUUUGAAUUUGAAAAUCUAUCUAGGUUUCCAGAUUAAAUUUCUGCCUUUCACAUAUAGAGUUUAAUUUUAAUGAAUGUUUAAUCAGAGUAGCCUUCUCUUUUGUUCUACUCUGAACAAAUAGUAAUUUUACCCCAAGUACUUUUCAUGAAGAAGGGUUUGAAAAUUAAAGGAAUUUUUAUUAUAAUGGUAACUUAUGAGUAAAAAUAAGUUACUUUGCCUUAUUUCAUUAGUUGUUUUAUUUUGUACUAUGCUGGUAAACUGAUUGUGGUUUCGAAUAGUUGUAUGUUCACUCCAGAUAACUGAGAAGCAGAACUAGUUUUUUUUACAUUCCUAAAUGGAUAAACCUCAUAAUUCAAUAAACUAGUAAAUUUAGCAACUUGACUGAUUCCAUAAAUCUUGUUAAAACAUUCUAAAAUUCUGUAAAUAAUUUAAUGUGAAUACUGUUAAACAGAAAAUAAUUGCUUAUAAAAGUCUAACUUCACGCAGUUACCAAGUCUUGGGCAAAUUUUAUCUUCGACCUAUAGUUUUUACUAGCCUUUUCUAACCAUAAUAGUGAGUGAUAAUUGCUUUAUAGUUUCGUUAGAAAUACUUGAAUGCCAAAUUUUAUCUUUUAAGAAAGCUUAUUUUUAACAUCAUUUUUUAGUAUGGAGUUUGUAAAUAAUGUAAAGUUUGUAAACUUGCAUUUGAUAUACCAAUGUUUUUAAUUACUGCUUUUAUAACAUUGUAAAAUACUAGAAACAUGGGCUUCAAGUUUUUAAAUAGCUUUCAGAAAGUUUGUGUAUUUUUUUUCUGUUUGGUUAAGAUGUGAGUUGGAAAUGUAUUAUUGGAAACAUUUAAACUAAUUUUUGUAUUUAACAGCAGUUUCAGAGAUUUGUCUUUUCAAUUUCGUUGAGUUGUAGACAUCAAAUAGAAAUGCUGUUUUGCCUCUUUUAAGUACUGUCCAAUUGAAACCUCCUGAAUCAUGUAAUGUACUGCUACACAAACUAGAAACUGACCAUUUAGUUUUAUGUUGAGUCAACACUCCAAAUACAGAUAUAUAUAUACACUAAUCAUUUUAUUACAUGUAAAAUUUUUACAUCUAGGGUGCCUAUUUAUUUUUACAGAUGUUUUUAUCCGGUUAUAAGCUUAUUGUAACUUUGUAAAUAAUUCAGCCAACAAUUGUAAUGUUUAAAAUACUUACCUUCAGAAUGUUAUAUUUUCAUGUGAAAUCAAUUUCUUCUAGUUCAAAAAAAAAAAAGAUAAAAUGAUUUUUAAGUUUA